UUUUUUUACACCUUUGUCGUUAACCUGCCGGUAAGCUAGCACCAACCCUCUCCGCGUGUUAGCUUGUUCGUGCUUGGUUACCAUGGUGACGGCCGGCGGCAGAGGCAGAGGCAGGGGGGACGCGAAACGGAAAAGCGGGCCGCUGCGGCGACAGUACAAACCGGUAAAGAGCUCCAAGACCCGGGCUCAGCCGGGGAACCGAAAAAAGAGCAAGGUGACCCGGCCAAAGAAAUCUGGACCGUCGAAGGGAUUAAUCGCCAAGCGUAAAGGACAGAAUCGCGUUGGUUCAGGAACACGCCGGGAUGGAGGUGCGAAAUCAGCAAAGACUGUCAAGAGGAAAUCCUCAAAGAUUCAGAAGUCUCCAGGUGGCAGAAGGAGUGUGCAGAGAAAAAGUGGGCCGAAGAAGAGAGGGCAGACAAAGAUUUUAUCGAGAAAGAGUGGCGAAAGGAAGAGUGGGCCGAGGAAGAGUAGGGAAAGGAAGACUGCUCCGAGGAAGAGUGGGGAAAGGAAGAGCGGGCAGAGGAAAAGUGGGGAAAGAAAGAUUGGGCAGAGGAAGAGGGGGGAAAAGAAGACCAGGCCGAUGAAGAGUGGGCAGACAAAGAUUAGUCCGAGGAAGAGUGGGGAAAGGAAGACUGGGCUGAGGAGGAGUGGGCAGAGGAGGAGUGGGCUGAGGAGAAGCACCAGACCAACCAAACUGACCAGCAGAUACCAGGCCCCCAACAUGUUGAACGGCAUCAGCACCAAUGCUGCCAGCUCAGUCCUGAAGGAGAUAGACAACAUGAAGAAGAAGAGGCGCCUCAGUAGCAACAAAGGAAAGAUCUACUCCAAAGCCCAGAGGACAAGAACACCGGUACCACAGAGAGAGUUCACUGACAGCGAGGAUGGCAACGCUAUGGUCGUAGAUGAGGACAGCAGACUGACAGUGACUGCAGAUGAAGACAGUAACUGCAGUGCAAACCAGAGCUUUGACGCCAAAAUGAGCCGAGCGUCGUCGCUCUACCAGGGACCUAGCAGCGAGCUUCUGAGAGGAACUUUCCGGAUCAGCGCCUCAGGACCAAACACGGGCCGCAGAGGAGCCUUCAGACCCACUAAGAGUGCUUGGUCCAGUCAGUCUGACGAGGACGACGACUCCGAUGACGAAGACGAAAAAGCACUGGCCAGCUGUCGUCCUCUCGGUCUGCAUUCAGAGGAUCUUCUGGGGACUCGCAGAGACAAGAUGGCUGUAGGAGCAGGUCUUGCAGACAUUGAUCCAAUGGCCAUCGAUCAGUCUGUGGGUUUUGACAGUAUCGGAGGUCUGUCAGGUCACAUCUCAGCUCUCAAGGAGAUGGUUGUGUUCCCACUUCUCUACCCUGAGGUCUUUGACAACUUCAAGAUCCAGCCUCCCAGAGGUUGUCUGUUCUAUGGCCUUCCUGGGACGGGAAAAACUCUGGUUGCCCGGGCAUUGGCCAAUGAGUGUAGCCAUGGCAACAGGAAGGUCACCUUCUUCAUGAGGAAGGGAGCCGACUGCCUCAGCAAGUGGGUGGGCGAGUCGGAGCGGCAGCUGCGGCUGCUGUUUGAACAGGCGUAUCAGAUGCGUCCGUCCAUCAUCUUCUUUGAUGAGAUCGAUGGUCUGGCUCCGGUCCGAUCCAGCAGACAGGAUCAGAUACACAGCUCCAUCGUGUCGACGCUCCUCGCUCUGAUGGACGGGCUGGACAGUCGAGGGGAAGUCGUGGUGAUCGGAGCCACAAAUCGGUUGGACUCCAUCGACCCGGCGCUGCGGCGGCCUGGACGCUUUGACAGGGAGUUCCUGUUUGGGCUGCCCGACAAAGAGUCUCGAAAAGAGAUACUGAAAAUCCAUACCCGGCAGUGGAAGCCUCCUCCGUCUGAAGACUUUCUGGAAGAACUGGCUGAGAAAUGUGUUGGUUACUGUGGUGCUGACAUCAGGGCGGUGUGUACCGAGGCGGCGCUGUGCGCAUUGCGUCGUCGCUACCCACAGAUCUACGGUACUUCUCAGAAGCUCCUGCUGGACGUCUCCUCCAUUGCCGUUAGCAGCUGUGACUUUGUGGCAGCCAUGAGGAAGAUGUCGCCUGCCUCGCACCGCUCCGCUGCCUCCCCCGCCAAACCCCUGUCACCCGUGGUUCACCCACUGCUGGGUGCCGCCCUGCGCGACAUCCUGGAGGCUCUGCAGAGGCUGUUUCCUCACGCUGAGCAGGGCAUGAAGAGGAAGAGGGAGCCAGAUCUGACCUCUGGUAUCCUUGAUGAUGGUCUGAUGUCUGAAGGAGACGAAGGCUCCACAACCCCCAGCAUCUCAGCACCAUCACCCUCCAAGGACAAAAACUUCCUGCACUUUGCCAGGAGUGCCGUCAAACAGCCAACGUCUCACCGGCCCAGAAUGCUCUUGGCAGGUCGCCCCGGCGCCGGUCAGACCUCCCACCUGGCCCCCGCCGUUCUGCACGCUAUGGAGCGUUUCACCGUCCACAGCCUGGACUCUGCGGUGCUAUUUGGAGUCAGCAGCACCUCCCCGGAGGAGGCCUGUGCACAGGUGUUCUGUGAGGCCAAACGAACGUCUCCCAGCAUCCUCUACAUCCCCCACAUCCAGCAGUGGUGGGACACAGCAGGGCAGGCGCUCAGGGCCUCCUUCCUCAGUCUGCUGGGCAGCAUCCCCUCAUUCUCCCCCAUCCUCCUCCUUGCCACCUGCAGUGUCCCCCAUCAGGAGCUUGACCCGGAGAUCCAGUGUCUGUUUCGGGAGGAGUAUGGAGAAGUUUACACCAUCAGCGCUCCCACCAAGCGGGAGAGGAUAAACUUCUUCCAGGAUCUCCUUCUCAACCAGGCAGCUGAGGCUCCCCCCUCCAAGAAAAAAGCAUUGACUCAGGACAUGGAGAUCCUUCCCGUGGCUCCCCUUCCUCCCCCCCGUCAGCUGUCGGAGCAGGAGCGCCUCCGUCAGCAGGAGCAGGAGGAGGAUGUGCUGCGGGAGCUCCGCCUCUUCCUGCGUAACAUCACCGAGCGCCUGAGUCUGGACCGCCGCUUCAAGGCCUUCACCAAACCGGUUGACAUCGAGGAGGUCCCGGACUACCUCAUGGUGGUCAAGAAGCCCAUGGACCUCUCUGCGCUGCUGACCAACAUCGACGAGAACAAGUACGUCACUGUCGGCGAGUUCGUGUCAGACGCAGACCUCAUCUGGCAGAACGCUCUCGAGUACAACCCAAACAGCGACCCCAUGGACCGCCACAUCCGUCACCGAGCGUACGCCCUGAAGGACACCAUACGAGCCAUCAUCAGAGAUGAGCUGGACGAAGAGUUUGAGAGAGUCUGUGAGGACAUCAGAGAGUCUCGCAUCAAGAGAGCUCUUUCAUACGGGACUGGAGUCAACCCAAAGGUGGCCAACGGUGUCUGCAGAUCGCUGUUCCCCAGAGACAGUCCUCAAUCUCGUAAGAAAAAGCGUUACAAACCUCCCCGAAAGUCCAAGUGGAGCACCGGCGUCAUUCAGAAAUCAAAGAAGAAAAAGACACCCACCCCAACUUCGAGUUCCUCCUCCACGUCCAGCAAGGCCAAUUCUGAAUCGAGCAGAGAGGACAGCAGAGGGGUCAUUAGUUCUGCUGGUCCGAGCUCAUCUAGCAUGUCAGACAGCAGUGACGGCGAGCUGGGCCCUCUGAACGGCUACCAUCACUGCUUAAACGGCGUCACAGGAGCCCAAAAUGGAGUCCUCAUGAAUGGCUACCAUCACAAGCCACUUCACAGAGUCCCAACAAGGAGGCUGAACCUCAGGGAUCGAACCCAGAGCGCCAAUACGAGACUAAACAGGAGUAAUUUGAACAAACUAGGGAGACAGAGAAAGCGUGAGACGAGAGCCACCAAGGCUGCCCUGGACCAGAUGCAGCUGUUCAACAGAGACAGAUCUGUGGAGUCUGACGAAACGCCACCGCUGGUCGUCGACCACAACAAACUGAGGGAUCUCCUGAACAAAGCCGUGGCUAAAACUGACGGCGCCGAGGUGGAGCCGCUGGAGAAGCUGUACGCUCUGCUGGCUCAGUGCAUCUACAGACACAGAAACAACUACAACAAGACGGAACUCAUAAAGGAAAUGAAGACAGAAAUCGACAGCUUCUCCUGAUCGACAGCAGGUCUAUUUUAAUAAAACCUCAGUGCAUUCAAACAUGUAGCUGUUUACUCCUCUUGCUUCGACAUUUGGUUCAAGAAACACAUCAACAAUCCAAAAUACCUCAAUAUUUAUUCUGUCAGAUGAUAUUUAUUAUAGAGUAUUUAUUCAUAUGAUGUUUUCAUAGGAGAUUAAUAUAUAUAAUACUUGCAAAUGUUAUAUUUUAAUUUAAAAUUUGAAUAUUUAUGACCAUGCAGAGUGUGUUUUCAUGAUAUGAGUUUUAAUAAAGUGUGAUCGAAAGCUGA